CUCACUGUGAUGCAGCGCGCGGCGCGAACGCUCGUGCUCAGUCGCUGCUCCGCCGAGCGCUGCGUUUGACUGUCUUUACGCACGCCGCUUUACACUUUUUCAACACACUAUCAUGGCUUCGUGGCGAGAAUAAUCAACAGUUUUGAGGUUUUGUCCAACUUCGUCUUUGUGCUUAAUUCGCGCGAGUUGUUUGUUAGAUUUGGUCCAUACAGAAUGAAGAGGAACGACUGACUCCUCAGAAUGGGUACCACUGACGCCUCACUUCCCUGAACUGAUGGAAGGGGCAAUAAGAGGCUAAUUGACUUCUUUUUGGUUGUAGAGGUAAAUUGACAAGAGGUGAACGGUGGGAAGGAGCAACCAUGGAGGGCCUUGUCUGAGGUGGAUUCAUCAUAGUAGUCCUAACUGACAUCUGAAUCAGCAUAACAUCUGAGUAGUAGCAGUCAUGACUGAGAGGGCAAACUUCGGAGCUCAGAGGGUCUCACGGCCACAGGGCUCACUCCCGCCAGAACCUAUCGACAUUAUCCGGACAAAAGCCAGAUCCAGAAGAGUCCGGAUCAAUGUGGGUGGGCUGGUCCAUGAGGUGCUAUGGAGAACCCUGGACCGACUGCCACGGACCCGUCUGGGGAAACUCAGAGACUGCAAUACCCAUGAAACCUUAAUGGAGAUCUGCGACGACUACAGUCUAAAUGAUAAUGAGUAUUUCUUUGACAGGCACCCAGGUGCCUUUUCCUCCAUUUUAAACUUUUACCGGACUGGCAAGCUACACAUGAUGGAAGAGAUGUGCGCUCUGUCCUUUGGUCAGGAGCUUGACUACUGGGGCAUCGAUGAGAUCUAUCUGGAGUCGUGUUGCCAGGCACGGUACCAUCAGAAGAAGGAGCAGAUGAAUGAAGAGCUGAGGAGAGAGGCUGAAACUCUCAGGGAGAAGGAAGGAGAUCAGGUGGAAACGGGCUGCUGUCCAGAUAAAAGGCAGAAGCUCUGGGAUUUGCUGGAGAAACCGAGCUCUUCUGUAGCGGCCAAGAUUCUGGCCAUAAUAUCAAUUCUGUUCAUCAUCCUUUCAACCAUUGCACUGUCACUGAACACCCUGCCUGAGUUACAAGUGAUUGAUGAAUUCGGCCAAUCCAACGACAACCCCAACCUGGCCCACGUUGAAGCCAUUUGUAUCGCCUGGUUCACUAUGGAGUACCUUCUCCGCUUUUUGUCUUCUCCCAACAAGUGGAAGUUUUUCAAAGGGCCACUCAAUGUCAUUGAUCUGCUGGCUAUCCUUCCUUAUUAUGUCACAAUAUUCCUCACAGAAUCCAACAAGAGUGUCCUCCAGUUCCAGAAUGUGCGCAGGGUAGUUCAGAUCUUCCGGAUCAUGAGAAUCCUGAGAAUUCUGAAACUCGCAAGACACUCGACUGGUCUCCAGUCUCUUGGGUUCACGCUGAGAAGAAGUUAUAAUGAACUCGGACUGCUGAUAUUGUUUUUAGCCAUGGGCAUCAUGAUCUUCUCCAGUCUGGUGUUCUUUGCUGAGAAAGAUGAAGAUGCUACGAAAUUCACCAGUAUUCCUGCUUCAUUCUGGUGGGCAACAAUUACAAUGACAACUGUGGGUUAUGGAGAUAUCUAUCCCCAAACCCUUCUGGGAAAAAUAGUGGGGGGUCUCUGUUGCAUUGCUGGGGUGUUAGUGAUUGCUCUGCCCAUUCCCAUUAUUGUGAACAACUUUUCUGAGUUCUACAAAGAACAGAAACGACAAGAAAAGGCUAUCAAACGAAGAGAAGCGCUUGAGAGGGCCAAGAGGAACGGGAGCAUUGUGUCGAUGAACUUGAAAGAUGCCUUCACUCGCAAUAUGGAACUAUUGGAUGUCGUGAUAGAAAAGAAUGAGGACAAGGGCGCAGACAAUCAUCUUUCACCCAGUCGCUGGAACUAUCAGAAAAACCCAAACUCUGACUCAGGUUCCAAAGGCUAUGAUGCAAAGUAUCAAGAAAUAGGUCAGCUGGCUUCUCCUGAACGAUUAUUCAAUCCUACUUCAAGCCCUCAACGUCUGAAUGCAAAGUCCCUUGAGCAAAUGUACAACCAGAUGACGGCCACCUCAUCCAUGAGCAGCAGCGGACCUUCAGCUUCCAAAGCGAGCACUAUUGUAAAAGAAGAAGAGAUGGAGAUGAAGGUAGUGCAGUGCGAACCACGGCACAAAGAGAGACCCAUCACUGAGAUAAGAAGCCUGUCCAGCGUUGACAGUUUUGCCAGCUGUGCCACAGACAUCAGUGAGGUAGAGAGAAGCGCACUACUGCCAAAUUUCACAGGAGCACUGACAAAACAUCCACGUGCUCCUCCACCACUCGACCUCAGCCAGAUCACCUCCCUGGAGAAACGGGCUCCUGAAAAAGCAAAGCAGCCCACGAUCAUCAAAGAGGGCCUCUACGAGUUUGUUCAAUGCAAGUCAGGCAGCAGCACCAUGUCGCAGGGCGAAGAGAACCAAAGCUUUGAUCCGAGCGGUGAAAACGUAAGAAGCCCUCCACGAGGAAACCAAGUCAAAGUCAAGGGACUCAAAGUGAACUUCACUGAAUCUGUAGACGAGGGGGUUUCCAACUUGCACUUAGUCGUGACGGAUGACGCGGCCACACUGACACCAAAGCUACCGGUAUCUGAUCCAAUACUGCUGUUGGGUUCUCCUCGGCACAGUCCCAGAUCCCCAGGGAAAGGCUUUGAAGAGCACGGAGCCACAAGCUCUCCAGGGUUCAGUGUGUCAUCUUCGGAUACCCAAAGAGAGAGAAACCACAUCGAUAGAGUUGCCAUUACUCCCACCUCGCCUAAAAGUGCACAAAACUGUGCUUCUGCCACGGUUGGUGCCAUUGCUGCAGAAGACAACAUUCAAAGUGGACAGAAGGUGGACAACCACCUCCUUUCACCUGAUAUUCUCAAGUCUUCGGGGGAGGGAGGUCGCUCACCACCGUGUGAAACUAGCAUGUGAUGCGAUGGGUUGCAUUGACAUGUUCACGUUCACAGAACGAAUGCAUCAAAGUAUGUGGACAGAAAGAGGCAUACUGAUGUAGUGAAGGGGAUUUUCUUUUGUCUUUCUUCGACACUAUCGGACUGCAUAGCCGCAGAGAUUUACUUUAUGAUCCUGAGAGAGAAGGUCUGCUCUCAACGUCAAAGAGCUUACUGAUAUUCAUACAGAGGGAGGACUUUAAAAAACAAAUAAUACUCUUAUUAUUCUAUCAUUAUUUUGUAAAAGUACAACCCUCCAUGUGAAGGAUUAGUUAGCUGAAUCAUAUAGAUUUCAAAUCAUUGGCUGAUUCAGACAACUGUGAUAACAUACCACAAAUCGUUCUUUGUAAUUUACAGCCCACUGAGCAGAUGUUGUGCGUACACAUUUUUUAAGACUAACCACUGUAACAUAUCUGCUGGGUUUGUUUAAUAGUUCUGACCAAAGCGCUACCGGUGUAAAUUGAUUUAGCUUUAAAUAACAUUUUUGACCAAAAUAUGCCUUCAUUUGAUAUUAUUCCUCAGUGGUCAUAUAUGAAGCAACACAAAGUGUUCAGUUCUUCCUGCAAAUGUGGAUCAAAUCAAAUUCCAUUAUUUCUUUUACCAAAAUAUAACACGUCAGUAUACUAAAUAUUCUGAUAUCUGUAUGAGCAUGUCUGUUUCAGCGAAACACAGGUUCAAGUGUUUCCAUUUGCAUCACUUUAAAGUUGAGCCAUAGUCUACUUAGAAAUACAUGCAUUCUUGAAAUAAAUAGUUUUGCAUGGUUACUGGGGUGGCGACUCCACAUCAGCGAAUCUGAGAAACUGUAUGGAAAGAUCAGUUUUUAAAAUGCCUUUAUUUCAGAAUCAGCCGAGGGAAACCCAUGACGGCCAUAGUAAAUCAACUAUGCCCUCUGCUGGAUGAAGGAAACGGCACUUUAUUUCUACGAAACGUCAGCUUGACUGGAUGGGAAUAUUGUACAUUAAAGAAUGUCAUUUUAACGUUCCUCCAGAGGUGCAUCACGAUAAGGUCAUUGGAUAUCAACAGCUCAAUGCAGAAUCUUGAGUGUAUGAUUUGUAUAUUAACUGUACAUUCGAGACAUUAUCAGCUGCAUCCAUUUAGUGUAGAAACACAGAUACACAAGUUGUGAUUUCAAUCGUACUUAGGUGAUUUUUAAAACAAAACUAGGCAGGAACACAAGCCCUGCUUUAAGUAUUCAAAUCGGUGCCUUUUCAUAAACAGUCAUUUAUGAGAAGGCGUUAAGAUCUUUGGAUUGGUUCAGACAAGUAUGUACAGAAAGUCCUAAUUUUUUAUAGAGUAAAAUAUGCAAAUAUAAUUGAGUUCUCAGGUUUUUUUAUGUAAUCUUGAAAGCCCUAAUUUUUCUGUAUGUGAAAAUAAUUGUUUGCUGUUUUCAAAUCAAAAGGUGAUGGAACAGAACACUGAACAUAACUAAAGCGCUGCACAAGCAUUGAGCAGAUUUAUCUUUAAUACAACUUGACUACUGUAUAUACGUUCCAAUUUCAUUUCUGCAUUUUUUUUCAUUAAGUUUGGAUCCUAGUUGAUUAUAUCAAUGUGAUAUUGUUUAGUUGUUCAUCUUUUCUUUGACAUAGUGACUGCAUUGUUCCAGAUACAUAGAAUGACCAUUAAACAAAAUAAAUGUUUGUACAGGA